AUGGCACCUGCACCACCGGCUGUCCAGCCUCGCUUCGAGGCCUGCGCUUCGACGGCGUCCUUAUUCCUCUAUGCCCAGGGUUCAACAAUCCUAUGUCUACAUCAUGAUACAUUGGCAAUUGAGCGACGUUUCCAGAGCCACCAGGAAAACAUCGAAUUUAUAUCAGUCGAUAAUGUCAGCGAGCGGGGUGCGGGAAGAUUAGUCGUCAGUUAUGAUGUAGGGCAAACGGCAAUUGUCUGGGAUCUCUUCACUGGAACGGAGAUUGCCCGGUUUGCUUCCUUCGAUCAUCUGCGAAUAGCUUCGUGGAUGCGUAAUGGCAAUGUUGCAUUUGGCAAUGGCAAGGGCGAGGUGAUCCUAUUCGAACCUCCCACUUCAGAGCACAUCUCUGCGCGCACCAUUUUCGACCCAAUCACAGCUCUGGCGCCCGCCAUGGAUUGUCGUACCUAUGCAAUUGGAUAUCAAAAUGGGUCUAUAUUGAUCGUGACUUUACUUCCUCAAUUUACCAUUCUUCAUACUCUGACUACUUCACGUGGACCAUCGCCAAUUAUUUCCUUGGCUUGGCAUGCAUCCUCAUCGAAACAGAAGUCAGACAUGCUGGCCACGCAGUCAUCGAAUGGCGAUUUGCGAGUUUGGAGCGUGGCAAAACCACCAGGGAAAGAGUCACCUCGAGUGAUCAGAGUAUUGAAACGAUCCGAUUCAAACUCAUCUGAUCCUAAAUGGAUGGGAUGGUCAAAGAAUGGAAGACUUGUGCAAUAUUUGGAAGGGGAAACAUGGUCAUGGGAUGUUCGAACAAAGCAUGUUACCUACGAUCCAAUUCCGACAAUCGACGGUGUGCGAGGCAUUGCAAACUAUGGUCCUACGGCGACUCUAUUCACCAUCGGCCCCCAGCACUCAGUUCAGCAGUAUGAUUUGGAAAAUCCGGCAAUGGUUGCAAAUGUGCAGCAUCUUCCAGUUAUCCCACGGCCUGGAACAGCGGAAGGUAGCCGAGCAAAGACAAUGUCCCCACGGCGAUUGCAGGAUGCUCCUGAUAUCCGAGAACCACCAGGCGGAUCCAGAAGAACAACGCCAUUUGACGCAAACAGCAUUGAGAAUCUCAGACAGAGGGCAGAUCUGACGAGUCCUGCUUCAUCGCGUAGUCGGACAGAAUCGGUGAGCUCAAAGGCUUCCUCUGGGAAGUAUAAUAUGAGACCUUUCUCUCCACCAAGUCGCUCUGGACAGAGUGCUACAACAUUUUCGAUGACAUCAGGUGGUCGUGAUACACCACAGGCUUCGGCUUCAUUUGCGUAUCCCUCCUCGGUCUCAAUGUCAUCUGUGAGAAGCUCGAGGGCGGCAUCACGAUUGCGGAACGAGGUUCAUCUCAGCCCUGCUGACAAGAGCAUCGUUGAUCUAUUCCCGUUCACUCGGGCUCGAUUGAUUGAUGUUCCUUAUAAACAGCAACCGCCUAUCGAUGAGACAAAUCUCACUUCGGAUGAUCUCCGGCUGCAGAUGUUGAGCGUGGUCUUUGGCUGGGAUGGAGACAUCCAAGAUCUGAUUACAGAUGAGUUGAGCCGCCACGCGAUGGGUAGCCAAAGCGCUAUUCUCUUAACGCAGUGGCUUGGUGGGAACGACACAGAUGAAAUGGCCGCAAUGAUCAGCUCUGGACAGGCAACAAUCUCCGACUGGAUGAUUCUUGCUUUGAGUCAGAUGAGCGGCCAAGGGCAGGCAAACAAGGUCGGACAGGCAUUUGUACAGAAAUUGCUUGAGAUCGGGGAUAUACACACCUCGGCUGCGAUCUUGCUUGGUCUGGGAGACAAAAACGAUGCCAUCGAAGUUUAUGUUUCUCGCAAUCACUUCAUGGAAGCUAUUCUCAUGACCUGUCUCCUGUUCCCGUCAGACUGGCAGCGCCAGUCAUAUCUCGUUCGCCGAUGGGGAGAACAUGUUGUGACUCACUCACAGCAGCAACUCGCCAUUCGCUGCUUCAUGUGCACAGGAGCGGAACCAUCAGAGCCAUGGUCAUCUCCAUCUGUCCAACAAACCUCAUCUUUCGCAGAGAUGGUUCGCGCGUCUCCUCUCAACUCGCCCGAACCUUCGCAAGCCAAUAUGAUGCCGCCACCAGUCCGCCCAAGGUCCGCAUCUAACUCGAAGCCUGCAGUGAAAACGCCCGCCCUGAAGCUCAUUACUUCCUUUGACGGACAGCCAGGCCGUUUCCGCUUCCCUGGCUUGAAGUCCGAUGACCGCACACCAACAAAUGCACCAGGAAUCACUCCGAUUGCUGAAUCCGCUGUUCCCGAUUCUGCAAUGUCUCCUGGUGGAUUUGGCUCUUAUAAACUCAACAAUAUCCAAAGCCUGAACCAUGCAAUGUCCCGAACAAAUACUCCUGCUUUCAAUCGCCGUCGUCUACCCUCGAUCGGAGAGACCCCAGUGGAUGUCCACCCUCCAAGCUUUUCUUCAAGGUCAAAUUCCUACAGCCAGAAUGAGUAUAGUUCCACCUCCGAAAACGAACGGGAACAGAGCCAAGAUGAGAAAGAGAGCAACAGUGGCUUCCUCACUUUGUCAGCUGCUAAAUACAACCCGGACUCAGACUCUCUCAAGCCCAGUCCCCAGACUGCUGUGCAAGGGAAAGACAAGUUUGCCGCAAUCAAGGGUCUUCCCUCACCAGCCGCCGGUGUAUUCGAGGCCCUCACAAAUGAUGACCAUCGUAAUGGAUCCCGAGAUAGAAAACCGGACGGGCUACAAAUUGAGACCUUGGAAGGUGAAAGGAACCCAAAGGACCGCUCCGAUUUGAUUCCCAGCGCCAAGAGCACCGCUUCGACGGUGCAUUCCUACGCUUCAGCUAGGAGCCCAAGUGUCAGUGGUCGUAGUAUCGAUCAAUACAUCAGUAGUCUUGACGAAGCCAACUACCAUGCGCGGAAGCUCCGUCCGCAUACUCCGGGCCGUGGAAGACGAAACCCAGACGAUACAGCCAGCCAGAGCUCAAGGCGCGAUACCUCUCGAGAUACCCGCGGUAUGAGUGAGCGUCGAUACAUCCAGCCGGCCAAGCGCUCUCCUUCCUCGCCAGUGCCUAUGUCUCCUGAAGAGUUGGCUCGAUACCACACCGGAGAGUCUGAAACCCGGAAGUCGAAGUCUCGCACUAGAAGUUCUAGCAAGGCGAGAGGGUCAGCUUCUCGGAACCGUCAGCGCUCUUCAAGCCGGCACACUGCAAACCGCAUCGGCACAGACAAACGAGACGCUUCGAAUCGAGGCCGCAGCAGCGAUCGACAAGGAUCUAGCGUUCGAUCGCCAUCAUCGCCUCUUCCUAUGGCAUAUCCCACAGAAGGGGCCUCUCAUGAUGUCGAUAAUCCUUUGAGACUUGUCGAGGGUAACCAAAAGCGACUGCGAUCUCGACACCGAAGCGCCAGUCGACGUCGCGCCGAAAAAGGAUCAACUUCCAAAACAGACGGCUCUUCAGAAACCAGACACAAAACCUCGCAGAGUCUUUCUACCCUCCAGCCAGGGCCUACAUCAGACCCCUGGGCGCAGCAGGCAUCAGCGCUGGAGCAGUUGAGCAGCAUGGUCUUUGGCCAAGAAAACACAUCUAAUGCGCAUUCUAAUGGCCAACCAAGCUCGGCAGCCAAUGAACCCCAAGACACUGCACCCCCAAGGACACCAUUUGUCACCCUGGCGGAGAAAAAGAGAAGAGAGAUCGCCGCCGCUGAAUUGGAAGCACGAAGAUUAUCACUUGCUCGCAACCCAUCAGCUCCAAACAUUCCCUUCCCCGGCGAGCUACAAAGCGCAAGAAGUCCCAUUGAGAGCUCCCCGCCUUUCUCUGGUACAAGCUCAUACUUCCAGCGAGCUCCCUCGCGAAACAAGGCGACCCAAAGCAAGAUAUCUACCGACUAUCCCAGCAGUUCUGACUCGAACUCUUCCCGCUCUGGAAUGCCCGGUGGACUUCCAGCAACUCCCCGAGCAAUGCGGCAUCCCAAGUAUGGAGGAACCGGACAAGACGAAGAACGACCUCCCUCUGUGCCCAUCAUCCCGACAGAUAACAGUUUCUUCCUCAGCAAUGCCCGGUAUCAAGGAGAUGCCGCCGAGAGGAUCGGACGAUCGAUGUCCGUCCCCGUGCCAGAAUCACAGUACAGCGCCCCUUCAAUGCCAAACGACCUCCCAAUGCACCCCCGCUUUAACCCAGCCCUCCCUCGGAGCAGGUCCAGCAGCCGCAGCCGUGCCAAGGACCAUAAUCGAACCAGCUCAGGUGGCUACGUCUCCGGCACCUCCCCUCACGUACAAGUGAGCAUCGAAGAGACAAUCGAGCAUGCCAUGCAGGGAGAAUCCUCAGCACACUACGAGACAAUCCCCCCACCACCACCCCCACCCAUUCUCCCAGAACUGCAGCAUCUUAACACCCCACCCCCACCACCCCCGUUCCCACCAUCCGCAGCGCCCGUCUCGCCCCGCGAGUCGUCUGCAACAAUCGACAUCGCAAUCGACAACAAUGAAGACCUCGGCCGUAUUCUCCCUCGCGCUAUGACGGCCGCCCCGGCCCUCAAUGGAAACAGUAACGCGGUGGAUCCCCGCCAGUCGGCUAGUCGGAUGUCCUUUGACCAUCGUCGAAACCGCAGCUCAAAUGAGAGUUUCACGAACAAGCUGCGCAGCUUGACUCGUAUGCGCAACAACAGUCGCAGUGUUGAGCCGUGGACGCAGGCUCACGAGACUGAGGCUCAGUAUGACUCGAACUCGAAUUAUAUUCUGCCGAGUCAAAGUUAUGUGGCGCCGGGUUCGAACUAUGUUUAG